GGUUCGCCUCGCUUAGCAAAAUAGGCCAAUUACACUCCAGGCCGGCGGCGGGACACGCCCACCUGCGCCAGGCCGCGCUUGCUCGGAGGGAGCCGCCGGUGCCGGCGGGAGUUUCAAGGCGGCCCGUCCCACGAGCGCCUCGGCGGCGGCUUCGAUCAGCCCCGGUUCCCUCGCCACGCGCAACCCCGGAGGAACAGUGAUUUGAUGCUCUGAUUUGGAUACAGGCAAAAGUUGCCAAGGCUACAUGAUGGAGAUGCAAGUGGACUCGGAACCUGCCAGCGUAAAAUGUGUAGGUGAUACCACCAGCCUCCUGCUAGAAGUGGAAGAAGACUACUUGCCAGCUUCCUCUCCUGAUGGCAACCCCAGGGCAGUUUCAGAUCAGGAUGGUGUCUUUUUAGAACCACAUGUUGAAAAAAGAGAAAGCUCUUUGGUGGCAACCUCAAAAGAAUCCGCUUACUAUCGAAGGUGGGAAUCAACCACCCCUGGUGUUUAUGUUCCUUCUGCCACCUGUUAUAGCACAGGCUCUGAAGGUAAGGUUCUGGACCUCUACUCUCUGGGGAAUUCUAAGGAUAGUCAUGGCUUAAAGUUGGAGAAUGAGGUGGAGGAGAAUUUCAUCAUUCUUGUUGACAUUUCUGAUGAUGAGAAUCUGCCACCCCAGCUGGAGAAAACUUUGUCUGAUGUUUCCAAGAAGUGUGGGGAUUCUUUCCAAGAUCUCCGUGGGCUUCAGGAACUUAAGCAGUUUCAUGUGGCUGGAAGUCCAUACUGGUGCUCCCUUUGUGGCAAAGAGUUUUUCCGUGCGGCUAACUUGCGAAUGCACAAACUAACCCAUUCUACAGAGAGGCCACACAAGUGCCCUGUAUGUAACAAGGGUUUCAUUCGCACUGCUGACGUUUGGCGGCAUCUCAGCAGCUUUCACAGGAUUGAGCGCUCCAGUGUAGUUUUGGGAAGUGCUAAUAUAAAGAAUUGCUGGUCUGUGGUGCAAGAGGAACCAGACAAUACUUUGAAUACUGGACAGUUGUUCUGUGCAGUCAGAAAACCCGAAGAGAGCUUAAAAAGCUACCUCUGUCCAAUAUGUAGCAAAAGUUUCAGUAAAUCUAACUUACUUUCAAAACACAAAGUGAUCCACCGGCAAGAUAAGCCGUACAAGUGCAAAGAAUGUGGCAUGGCCUUUGUCCAACUGGCAAGGUUGAAAAGGCACCAUCAGACCCAUACGGGAGAGCGCCCUUUCCACUGCGAAGAUUGUGGUAACACCUUUACCCGCCUGGGUUCACUAAAGCGCCAUCACCGUAUUCAUACUGGAGAAAAGCCCUAUUCCUGUUCCUACUGUAAUCUGUCCUUCUCAGAGUUGGGAACUCUAAGGAGGCAUGAACAGAUUCAUAUAGUAGUCCUGGCAUAGUGUAUAUGAUGCUGAGAUUUUGUUUUAAAAAAAGUUUCCUGCAAAUACUCAGAACCUGACGCUUGAACCUCUCCAAGUGAAAAGAUGACCCACUGAAUGCAGAAACUGCAGUAAAGCCCUCACAGUACAGUUACCAGAAAGUGUUGGUGGCAGUAUUAUUUUAAUAAACUCUUUUGAUUCCUUGACAAGUGGCAAUUUGCUUCUGCAAUUUAUGCUGCUACACUUGCACCGACUGGUGAGAAUGAAGACUCAUUCAACAGUGUAAUUCAACAGGGAUGCUGCAUCUACAAAUGUCAGCCAUCAUGAGGUGGCAGGCAACAUGGAUAUGUGCAUUGCCAUAGUAUCAAAGGCCUGAGAAAGCUUCAGGGUGAUUGUGUUACUCCUUUGAAAUAACAGCAGUAUUUCAAGCAUCUCUAUGAGAUGCUCACUUAUUCUUUUCUCAAUGUCCAGCAAAAAAUUUUUUUCCUCAACUUGCCAAUUGCCUGUGUUUUUCUCUAGUUGGGACCUGUUUUCUCAUUAUAUUAGCUAAACAACUAAAACAACUUAAAAAACACAACUGAGCUUGUAGAUAUUUUGUUCUCUCUGUGGCCUUGUCUUCCUUUCCAUUAGUUUAGCUACUUAAAAAAUUGUGCUCUUCCUAGUCCUACUGCUGUUCUAGCUUCUUCACCCUUUUCCAUUAUGCUAACAAGCUUACACAAUUCCCUCAACUGAGGAAAUUUGAUCGAGGGUGUGGAGUUAGUAGUACAACAAGAACAAAAACUUGCCACCAUCUAAUCAACCUGUUAUAGUCUGUUUCUUUUCUUUUCUUU